AUGUCUCAACUGGCUGAAGGUGAGAGCAUGCGACCGGUGCUGUGUGGGCCUCGCACUCUCAACUAUCAGAUCAAACUACAGACAUUAUCAGAGACUGGCACAGGCAAGUUCUACAAGAGAGCCGUAGUGCAGGUGCUGAGUGCGAAUGCCUUGCCUGACUUGGGGAAGAAUGG